GCUCCCUCCAAAUAGCCAAACCUGCCUUGUGCGCAGCAGCGGGAACAGCUGGAAGCCCACAACUCACUCACACAUCUGGGACAGUGCUGGGUCUACACACACAGAGCCAGGUGCCUGCCUGGUGGAAGCCAUGAGGAUCCACAACCUCACCUUGCUGUCCCUCCUCCUCCUGACCUCUGAAAUGCUCACACAAAAGGUCAAAAAUGGAGCAAGGCACAGACAAAGCGGUGCAGCAGAUGGGAGCUCAUCAAAUCUGGACAAGACCCAGAGUUUGAAGAGAGGCGGGCCACCCAAGUCCAAAACCAACAUGUUUGUCAGCAGAGAUAAGGGAGCCAACUGCACGUGGGUAGAGACUAAGCAAGAGCUGGGGACGGCCCUGCUGGUUGAGUGCACCGGGAUGCAGCAACAGUUUUCCUGUGUCUUUGCUGGCAACCCAGCUGAGUGUCUACAGCACAACGGAGGCAAUGUCUACUGGAAACAAAUCAUCCGGGCAUUGCGCAAGCAGAAGAACAUCUGUGGGGACUGGAAGAGUGUCCUGAAGGCCAAAGUGUGCAGAAAGGGCUUUCCGCAAGCUAAUUUAAAACUGAAAAGCUCCACUUUGCUUGAGAAUACCAAGCCCAGGAAAGGGAAACCUAAGCCCUCCCCCACAGAGCACCCCAACAUUGAAGGGGCUUCCUCCAAGGAGCUACACAAGCCCAAAGAAGAUGUCUUCUCUACCCUAGCAGUGACCAAGACAGUGACCACCCAAGGCCCUGAAUGUUUGAAUGACCGGGAUGUGGAAAUGCAGAGAAAGAUGGCCCUGGAUUUCUGUGGGGAGUCCUGGACCUCCCUCUGCACGUUCUUCCUCAACAUGUUUCAGGCCACUUCCUGCUAGUGAGGCCAAAGAGACAGACGGCCCCACCACGUGACCAGUGUCAGAUGCCCCUUGGCCUGAUGGGAAGCCUUGCAAGUUCCCCACAAGAAGGGACCUUGUAUUUGGAUGUGCAGUUCUAUAUUUAAACAGAUUUUAUAGUUUUUGUGUUUGUUUUCAAAUUUCCUUUCUAUUCACCUCCGAAGGUGUGAGUCUCAGAGACCAUGGGCUGAUGUUUUCAGAGCCUACAACGCCACAGCCCCAGAAGCAGGGGAACUCUGUCCUCCAGCUGGAAAGCCAGCGUGGUGAUUUCAGUGCAAGGCAUGUUCUCCAGAAUUUACAAGGAUAAUAAAGCUCUGGGCAUUUUAUGAAAUAUGGUCAACCAUUGUUUGCUUUCUCCCACUCUGUGAAAGAUCUUCCGGCUCAUUACAAAUCUAUCUCAGUAUCAGUGGGUGAAAUGUCCAAGGGGGACUUCAAAUUCCAACCACCCCAAGAAAUCUCCUACACCACCUAUUCCAGAUUCCCUCUUCACAGUUCCCUCUGGGUCUGUGGUAUUUGAUGCUUAUGAGAAUGUAAUAA